GGAUAAAAGUAUGGUUGGGAUGGACCAAAGGCAGUAGAUCCUUUGGGCAGGUUGAGAACCAGCUGAUACUUGAACACUUCUUUGGGACAGUUGCUUCAUUGUCAUGGACAGGGCUGUCUCUGUGAACUACUGGCUGGGACUGGUAGCCUUUCUGCUCCUACAAGGGGUAGUCAGUGUGGAGGGGAGAAGCAUCUUCAACCCUGGAAACCAUGUUUAUCACCCAAGGGAAGGCACAGAUGGCCAGAACAAGAUUCUAGCAUUGUUACUACAUAGAAGCUUAGAACCCGUUGAAAGAAAUUACGCUUUAGGUUUACACUUGGACAACAAACUAGCAGAGUUGGUGGAGCUAGAGGCUUUGAAGGAGGGUCUGGAGCUGUCAUCCAACAUAUUAGCAGAGGACAAGUCCAUUCCAAGGAAAAGGGAUUGUUUCUGGAAGUACUGUGUAUGACAGCCUAAGGGAGAGAGCCUCUACUGAGUCCUGAGUCCUGCUGCAUCGCCCUAACCCUCCAAUGCCUUAAGACUCACCACGCUCACAGACAUCAACACAACUCCUCCGUUACCAUCACCAAUUCUCGAAAUGUUGUAACGUAACUAAUGCACUCAUCACACAUUGUAUUGCUGAAGUUGUCAUACCUGAUGUCUACAGGUAUUUAUAAAGGUGCAAUGAUUUUGGGGUCUACAUCACGGUGGGCAUAAGUGACAUUUCAUUGGUGUUGUAUUUAAUGCAUAAUGACCUCAAAUGACGGAAAUUACUUGAUCAGUUCCGUAUUGGAUAUACUGCAUCAGAUGCUACUACAGGAAUUGAACAUCUGAGAUGACUAGGGGUUUACUAGCAUUUCUCUAAGAUGGAGAGUGUUGUUGUCUUAACCAAAGAUCUGCUGGCAAAGGCCUUGGUCCAUAACAUUUCCACAUUCAAAGGAACCGUCCUCUUCUCAACACAUUGACUUUGUCUUCCCCUAGUGGUAAAUGGGGGCGGUGACGCAAUUCAUGUUACUUUCCACAGUCAAAUAUUAUAAGGUAUUGCUUUUUGAAUGUGUUACUGUUUCCAACAUUGAAUAAAUAAUAUAUUAUCAUGCUAACCUUUGUCUUGGCUAAAUGUGUAAUUGUUAUUUCAGGAAGAGAAACUGAUAGGAUGAUGGGCAGUUUAGUACAAGAUAAAUAUUUUCUCUGGACUCAUUCUGGCAGAUAUGAUUAUUGGACUGAGUUAUAAAAAUGUGUCACUCAGUCAAAAGAGAUGAAGUCAAACAGUU